GUUUUGAGCCGGGGCUAUGAGGGGAAGCGGGAUCUUUCAGCGAGCUCUGCAGUAUGUUGUAAAUGAGCUGAUUGUAGAGCGUCUGUCGAACAGUGUUAAGUUCCAGCGUUUUGCAGUUCGAUCGUCGAAAGCUAUUGAGGACCUCGCCAACAAAGGAGUCCAAAAAAAAGAGGAGCUGGCUGAGCAGCUACGAAACAUCAAGGAUGAGGUAGGUAGAAGCUUUAAGGACAAAUGAGAGUUUAGGGCUCUCUUUUUCCUUUGGUAUGAGCUGGGUUAUGGACGAGCGUUCUACGUCCUCUCGUCAUCGCAAGUCCCACAGGUACAGCCAUGGUGAUGGGCGGCACCAUCCUUACUCUCACCACCAUUCCAGCAGCAGUGGCGGCGGUAGCAGGAGGCGGCAUCGAAGCCCAAGCCCCAGCAAACCCUUGGCGACUUCUCUUCUUCAACUGGAGGAACAACUCACUAGUGCUCAAGCUCAAGCUCCUGCUACUACUUCGCAAGAGCGUGCUGCUUCAGUAAGUUGUAGUGAUGGAGAAGUAGCAGCGGCGGUAACGCUAGAAGUAGCAGAUCUGGAGGAGGAAGUGGUGAAUGAGGAGGCUGAGAUGAGCGAGGUGAAAGUGGUGGACGUGGCGGAGACGAGCGAGGCCGGUUUAGCGAAGCCGGAUGAUGACGGCGAUCUGGAGCAGGGCGUGCCGCACACCCCCGAGGUCCAGGACGUCAAGUGCUCCUCGCCCUGCGGCAAGUGCCGGAUUGUGGACGAGUUUGAGAAGCUGGGGCGGCUCGGGGAGGGCGCCUACGGUGUGGUGUACAAGGCUCGCGACAAGCGCACCGAGGAGAUUGUGGCGCUCAAGAAGAUCAAGAUGCACAACCAGGAGACGGAGGGAUUCCCGGUCACAUCGCUGCGCGAGAUCAACCUGCUCAUAUCGCUGCGCCACCCGGCCAUCGUGGACGUGCGCGAGGUGGUGAUCGGCAAGGACAUGGACAGCGUCUUCAUGGUGAUGGAGUACAUCGAGCGGAACCUCAAGGACGUGAUGGCCGCGCUGCCGCAGCCGUGGGAGCACGCGGUGGUGAAGCAUAUGAUGCAGCAGCUGCUGGACGCGGUGGCCUACCUCCACGCAAACUGGGUGCUCCACCGCGACCUCAAGCCGUCCAACAUCCUAGUCUCGGGUGGCGAGCUCAAGAUCUGCGACUUCGGCAUGGCCCGCCGCUACGACAGCCCCAUCAAGGCCUACACGCACAAGGUGGUGACAAUGUGGUACCGCGCGCCCGAGCUGCUGGCCAGCACCCAGGAGGAGCAGUACCACUACACCGCGGCGGUGGACGUGUGGUCGCUCGGCUGCAUCAUGGCGGAGCUCAUCCUCAACGAGACGCUCUUCCAGGGCACCUCGGAGAUCGACCAGCUGCGCCGGAUCAAGAAGAUGGUGUGGACGGCGCAGCUGGAGAAGCCGGGCUUCAUCUUCCCGGCACACAAGCUCAGCGCUCUCCGGGACCGGAUACUCUACCCGGCUGCGCAGGCGGGGAGGCCCAUGCUAUCGGAGAAGGGGCUAGAUCUCCUGGCCCAGCUUCUGGCCUACGACCCGGACAAGAGGAUAAGCGCGAACGCGGCACUGGCGCAUCCUUGGUUCCAGGAGCCACCGCUGCCUACGCCACCGCCACCAUUACCAGCACUACCACUGGCAGCAACAAUGCCGUUACAAUGAAACGGUUUGGAUUUACAAGGGUUUGUGGCUCUCGCGAUUGUCAUGCGUCGCCGGGGAGCGCGGCUCAACCUCAAGCCCGAGUUCCUCACCGCGUUUCACGGGGACCUCAUCGACAUUCUCUUGGAGGGGCUUGAGAGGCCGAGCCGGAGGGCCGAGGUACUCACCAAGUCCAGAGGUGUGCAGACUGCGCCACCUUUCGAUCUUGCCAAGGCCAAAACCAAGGCUGGGAGUAGCACCGCCGCCACCACCACCACUACCGCCGCUGCCACGGCCAGGAAAGAGUUGCUGGCGAAGAGAGACAGGAUCUUGCAAUGUACGGGUGUCCAGCUUGACGCCGAGCUUGCCUUGCAAGGCUUGAAGAAGCCCAAGACCGUUCUUGAGGUUCCUCGGCUAGCUUUAACGUCCAAACCAAAGCCAAACAUUCCAGCAACACCACCACUAGCAGUAACACCACCAGCAGCAGCAACAACUAGAACAGCACGAGAUCGGCCAGGCAACCACAAGCAUAUGACACUCGAGAUGGAUUUCGAGUCUGCGAGCGCGACACUAAGCGGGAGGCUGGUGUACAAGAACAAGCUCCCCGAUGGGAUGGGAGCGCAGGGAUCAAGCGCUAGUGAGGACGAUGCAAAGGCGCUAUCCAUGGAACUGGCCAGCUCUCUAGAGAGGGUCCUGACCAAGCUCACCAAAGUGGAGGGAUCGUGUUGUCAGACAAAGGUGUCCAUCUACAUGGGUGACAAGAAUCCACACGACGCCGGCAAGACUAUGCCCAGGAGAUCAUCACUGCCCGCGGCCAGGCAAAAGCAGCAUGACGGGAUCAAACGCAGUGCCAGGCCGCAAAGAUCCGCGCCACAGCUGGGCUUUCGAAAGACAAUGCUGGUGGGAAGUUGACAAACAGAUUCUUCUCUCCUCCAUACUCUUUCUUUUGUUUUUCUAGCACACUGUCCACAAAAGAAGCAGUCAAAUAGAAGGGAGUUCAUUGAUCCUUUCA